CCCGCGGGAGCGGGAGCUUCGUGGACGUACGCGCUGUCCGUCGAGCGCGCGCGAGCUCUCACACGAGCGCGUGAGAGAGAGAGAAAAAAGAGAGAGCGACAGAGAGGAGGAGAGUGAGAGAGAGAAGGAGAGGAAAGCGAGAGAGAAAAGGAGCGCAAGAGAGCUCCAUCUGCCCUGCUCCGUGACCGAGCCUUCAUCCUGGUUCGUGCCUUGAAGAGGACAUCUCGUGGCGCCUGUCCUCCCCUGUUGCAAAGUGGAGGAGACGCCAGAAGACGACAAGAAGGACUUGUCCUCCAAAGACAUGACUGGUCUACAUUUAGUCUCUGCCCUGGACUGCACCAUCCCAGCCUUCCCGUCCGGCACCGGUAAGUGUGUGAGGACGGGAGGGGAGGGAGAGGGCAGCUGAGAAGGCGUCGUCCGGUGGUUCUGGUCGGUGGUCGACGCUGGCUGACCCAGUAGAUGACUUCAGAGGUCCUGUGAGGUCGAGUUCCGUUCAGCCAUGUUGCAGGGGCGUGAUAGAGGAGGUGGGGGAGGGAUACGGGGGGCGAGCGAUGGACUCUUGACACCUGCUCUCCUCCCCGGUACCGCCAGAAACACGUCCAGAUCGGCGCUGCCUUGGUACCGAAUUGUCGCACCGUCCUCCCACGUCGGGAAUUGACUUUGUGACUCUGCGUGUCAGCCAUGUUGCUGCCAGAAGAGAACACCUCGAGUCCGGGUAUGACACCGAUCGACCGGUACCGAGGAGGAGGAGGAGGAGGAGGGAGGGAGGGAUGAAGGAAAGGGGUCACGGUCGUUUUCGGACUCUCGUGGGACAUCAGUGUUGGAAGAAGGCUGGAAGAACCGGGUCGAUUGGUUCACAAUGUUUUGGGGUUUUUUUGCAUUUUCUCCAUGAAAACUUAAACCAAGCAUUUCUGUGUGCUCUAGAAUACAGCUAUAACAACCUAAAAAUGCUUACUGAAUAUGUCAUUGAGAGGAGCAGAUGUUCAUCAUGUUCUCCUCUCCUCCGUGCGACCGAGCACCUUUACGUCUUAUUUUAUCAUUGCUCCUCUUCCUCGUGUGAGUGUGGACUUCCUCCAUCCUUGGAAAAUGAAGCGUGGGCUGAGAGUCUUACGCACUCCUCCUCCUCCACCUCCUGACGAGGCCCAGCGAGUCACACAGCCAGCGAGCACAUACACACACACUGACCACCAUGCGGCUAACAGGCUGCAUGAGCACGCUAACAACAGGCUGGAUGCACAUGCUACGAGUUCAAGCCCCUUCUUGGCAGCCACCUCUCUUUUCAGCCCUGAUGUCAGCACCAAGAUGGCGUCUGACCUUCUCAUCAGGCUGUCAGAGGCGACCCAGAAGGCCCUGGUGCAUCCUGGAAGUCGAUCAGAGGCGGAGUCUGAGAGGCGGGGUGCCUUGCCCGAGGGACGCGGGGGGCAGCAGGAUGAGCCGGGCCCAGCUCUGUCCCCGGAUGGCCCCGGAGCGAGUCCCAAUCCACCCUCGCUCUCUCACACUCCUGAUGGGGAUGCCGCCACAGACACACUGGCUUCAGACCUCCUCAGAAAACUUGCCGAGAGUCAGUUUGUGGCCCCACCCGGCGUGAAGGUCAAGGAGGAAGAGGAGUCCAUGGAAAUCAACGCGCUGAUGAUGUCAGAUCUCAUAAGGGAUGCUCCCAGCAUAGGCGACCACCAUCUUGCCGCCGUCAAAACAGAACAGCUCAAUUGGAUGGAGACGGCAGAUUCACGUCUGCUGUGUUCUGGUAGCUGCCGGGUUCCUGACAGCUUGGUUUCAGAUGGUCGGCUUGGAGUCAAACAGGAGAAGGAGCUCCUCAGCGGGCAAAUAGAAGGGGAGGCCCGAGACAAGUUCUUGCCUGGAGUCAGCACAGAGGAACAGCUCUACUUUGGAGAUCAGUUGUGUUCUGGAGCCAAAAUGGCGGAGCAGUGCCUGCGGGCAGUGCUGUGGCAGGACAUGUCCGUCAACCUGGCCUCCACGCUGCUGCAUCAGCUCUCAGAGCGUGUUGCUAAGUCCAACAGUGCACCAGCACAAGGGAUGACCCACCCCGCCAGGAGGAGUCCAGUCCUGAAGGCGGAGCCAACGUGGACCUGCCCCUCUUUGAGUGCCCUGGAUCCUCCUCGUGGAAGUACAAGCAGCCUGAGAGGAAGUGGCAGCUUCUUCUACAGGUGUCACGUGUGCGGCUUUGAGACUGACAGGCGCCUCCUUUUUCACGAUCACAUGAUGGAGCACCGGCAACGGGAGCGCGGCUCCUUCUCGCUGCGCUGCUGCGUGUGUGACCACUCGACCAAUCGGGAGGAAGCCAUGAGGGCACACGUCGACACACACUUGCUGGGCGGAGUCAGCAGAUGCCCCCUCGUCCCUCCCGCCAGCAGCAUGCCGACAGUUGCUACGGCAACCCCGCUGGAGACGAGCACCUCAGAGCAUCGCUGCCGCAUCUGCCAGAGGUCGUUUCCAGGGCAACAGGAGCUGCUGGUUCACUUCCAGGGUCAUCGCCAAGGCAACCAGUACCGCUGCGAGCGCUGCGGCCACCUGACGCGGACCGCCAACAAGCUGGUGGAGCAUGUGCGUGUGCAUACAGGGGAGCGGCCCUUCACCUGUGACCUUUGCCCGUACAGCGCCAAGCGGCGGGACAGCCUACGUCUGCACUGCAAGGUCAAACAUGCCGCACGCGGUGCCAACCCCACUAGCGUACACACCCACCGCUCGUAUCCACAGGGAGACGAUCCCAGCAAACACGUUGGGCGGCUGCACAUUGACGUGCAGGCUGCACACGCCUCUCCUCCUCCCUUGCUGUGUGAUGGAGGCUGGAGGCGGGAUUUGUCUCCUGUGGUUUCAAUCACCACGCUGCUCGCGCUCAAAGCUCGCUCUCCUGCACCUUCCUCCCCCUCUCCCCUUUCUUCCAACAAACUUUCCUUCCUGGGCUACCUUGGCCUGACGUCUUUGUGAACGUCUUCUUUUUCUUCUGACCUCAUCUCUUUUCUCUUGGCUGCAUGUCACCUCUGCUUUACACCUUGUUGGCUCUCCUUGCCCCAUCAUCACCUCCUUGACUUGACUCAGGACUUGUUGAGUGAUGGAUGGAAAACUCACUGCCGUAUCAGGUGGAUGAAAAAUUAAUCGUUGAUCUUGCUGUACAUUGGUUAGCAUCGUGCUCGUGGCCGGUCAUGACCUUUUAUUAUUAUUGGUCUUUCCCUAAAGUCUGGACUCAUUAGCAAAAUGCUACUCAAUAUAAAAUAAUAAUAAUAUUUUAGUUUGAAUCAAUGGUUUAAUUUAAUAUAUAUAAUAUAAAUAAAUCAUAAUAUGAGUACAUAUUUUCUUUUUUUUAAUUUCAUUUGUUAAUUUUUAUAUAUUUUAUUUGGGUAUUUGUUUAUUAUUUUGUUGAAAUUAUUGUUUAAAUCUUUAUUGAUUUAUUUUAAUGAACGAAUGUAUUAUUAAAUUGAACUUUUUUGUAUAAUGUAUGUGUAUACUAUACAGUAUAUGUUCAGACUUUAGGGACACCAUGUAGUAUGUGUCUGUCGUCCUAGAGAAAGGCUGCUUCCAAAUGUGCACCAUAGGAUCCACGCGGUGCACACGGUCUUUUUCCGGACAAGACACAUUUGUAAUUUGAAGAAAGCACUGGAGCAAAAGUGUAAAUAUUCCAUCUUCGUGUGAGGUCACUAACAAGGUCUACUUUUAUUUUUUAGCAGCGGCUAACCAUCGUUAGCAUGAAUGUGAUUAUUGUCAACUCAUCAGUUUAUUGCUCUUUAAACUGCCUGACAUUUUAUAAAAAAAAAAUACUUUUUUUAAGUUCACGCUUUGUAUUUUCAAAUGUUUAGCUGACAAGCUCUGUUAGCGGUGAAGGAUAAAGAUGCUCUUUCUAAUCUUUGUGUUCUGUAUCAACACUUGUGUGCACUUUGUCUGCUUGCUUACAUGAAAAGACCAAUUAUUAUUUACAUCUCUAAUGAAGAUUGUUUUUUUGCUUGUCUUAUUUUCACUGAGGAGCUAAUGGACCCAGCACACGGAGCUGUAAUGUACCAUGUUUGGCCUCCAUUUUGUCUCUGCUGGAUCAUGUUUGCUUCUGCUUGAUCAAUAAAGUUAAACUUUCA